AUGUCAAGUGAGACCGAAACACCAACGUUAUCUCCUCAUUCUCCUCUCAAAAAGAAAAGGAGCUGGAGUGAAGUGAAUAAAUCGAGGAAAGAGGAAAAGAAAAAAUGGAAAGAAGACAAGCUGAAGAAGAAAAUUGAAAAAACCCAACUAGAAACAACCCAAAGCACAUCUGCCUCUGUUACUACCCUCGACAAUGGAAACGAAUUAGCUGAAUCCCCUGAUCUAUCCACCAUCUCGAUUGCAGUUCCUGGUUCCAUAUUAGAAAAUGCACAGUCACCAGAACUACGCACCUACUUGGCAGGACAAAUAGCUAGAGCAGCAUGUAUAUUCCAAGUGGAUGAGGUAGUUGUGUUUGAUGAUUAUGGGGAUGAGGCCAGUGCCAAGAAAUCCUCUCUUGAAGAUGAUUCUGGGACUGUUUCAGCCCGCCAAUCUUGUAUCCAACUGGGGAGGAUAUUGCAGUACUUGGAAUGCCCACAGUAUCUGAGGAAACAUUUUUUCCCAAUACACAAUGAUUUGAAAUAUUGUGGGAUUCUUAAUCCACUGAAUGCACCACAUCAUCUAGGACCAAAUGAAGAGUUUCAAUUCAGGGAGGGUGUAGUAUUGAAUAAACCUUCCAAGACUGGGCAAGGAUCCUUUGUGAAUAUAGGCCUUCUAAAAGAAGUGCAUGUUGAUAAAUUGUUGACACCUGGAGUGAGGUGUACAGUGAAAUUGUUGCCAAAAAAUGAGCAGUCCAAAAAGCUAAAAGGGCUUGUUGUAUCACCAAAGACACCCAGGAAAGAAACUGGUGUGUACUGGGGAUACUCAGUCAGAAUAGCAACUUCUCUAUCAAAAGUUUUCUCACAAUGUCCUUAUAAAAAUGGGUAUGAUUUAACUUUGGGAACAUCCGACAAAGGCACUUCUGUGGAUGAAUUCAGCUGUCCCCCUUUCAAACACAUGCUAGUCAUGUUUGGGGGUUUACAAGGUCUUGAAGCAGCCCUAGAAAAUGAUCAUGUUCUGGAAGCAGAUGAUCCUAAACUGCUAUUUGAUCAAUACCUCAACACUUUACCAGAACAAGGGUCAAAGACCAUUAGAACAGAAGAGGCUAUUCUCGUGAGUCUGGCAGUUCUGAGGGCUAAGCUGAAUCCAGAAAAUAAGCCCCUGGAAAUUGGUGGUUUUGUUUCAGAUGAACAGGAUCCAGAGAUUGGGAAUUUAGGGAAGCAAGAAAGGGAAUUUGAGAAAAAAGAUGUUGAUCCUCUGAGUAGGUUUGACUGA